GAUGGGAGCUGAGGAGACAAGGGGCCAGGACUGGCUCCUGGGCCUAGAAAGGGCAAGAGGUGGGAGACAGCAUCGGCCUCCUGUGCCCAGAGCUCUCUUCCAGUGCUGCCCAACCCUCCUGGGUCCUGGCAGGCAGGGGCCACCAGAGCGGGCAGAUGAGGGUGUUGAGGCCCCAUCCCUCAAUUCCCGCCCCUUACCCUGCUGCCCCCAGUCCCACCGGAAGUUCUCUGCCCCUCGGCAUGGACACCUGGGCUUCCUGCCCCAUAAGAGGAGCCGCCGGCACCGGGGCAAGGUGAAGACGUGGCCGAGGGAUGAUCCCAGUCAGCCAGUGCACCUCACCGCCUUCCUGGGCUACAAGGCAGGCAUGACCCACACCCUGCGCGAGGUGCACCGGCCAGGCCUCAAAAUUUCCAAAAGGGAGGAGGUGGAGGCGGUGACGGUUGUGGAGACGCCGCCCCUGGUGGUGGUGGGCGUGGUAGGCUACGUGGCCACGCCUCGAGGCCUGCGGAGCUUCAAGACCAUCUUUGCAGAACACCUCAGUGAUGAGUGUCGCCGCCGCUUCUACAGGGACUGGCACAAGAGCAAGAAAAAAGCCUUCACCAAGGCCUCCAAGAGAUGGCGGGACACCCACGGCAAGAAGCAGCUCCAGAAGGACUUUGCCGCCAUGAAGAAGUACUGCAGGGUCAUCCGGGUCAUCGUCCACACCCAGAUGAAGCUGCUGCCCUUCAGGCAGAAGAAGGCCCAUAUCAUGGAGAUCCAACUGAAUGGUGGCACGGUGGCUGAGAAGGUGGCUUGGGCACAGGCUCGGCUGGAGAAGCAGGUGCCAGUGCACAGUGUUUUCAGUCAGAGUGAGGUCAUUGAUGUCAUCGCCGUCACCAAGGGCCGGGGUGUCAAAGGGGUCACAAGCCGCUGGCAUACCAAGAAGCUGCCUCGGAAGACCCAUAAGGGGCUGCGCAAGGUGGCCUGCAUUGGUGCCUGGCACCCUGCCCGCGUGGGCUGCUCCAUUGCACGGGCUGGGCAGAAGGGCUACCACCACCGCACCGAGCUCAACAAGAAGUGUGUCCCCUUCUCCUGGCAGAUCUACCGCAUUGGCCGAGGGCUGCACAUGGAAGAUGGAAAGCUGGUCAAGAACAAUGCAUCCACUAGCUACGAUGUGACGGACAAGUCCAUCACACCACUGGGUGGUUUCCCCCACUAUGGGGAAGUCAACAACGACUUUGUCAUGCUGAAGGGUUGCAUUGCUGGUACCAAGAAGCGGGUCAUCACGCUGAGGAAGGUCAGCACAGCAUGUGGACUGAGGGCAUGUUCCCCAUGGGCUGUCCCAGCCAGCCUCUCCUGUCCUCCAGCCUGCUCAAGUCCCUCCUCGUGCACCAUAGCCGCAGGGCCCUGGAGAACAUCGAGCUCAAGUUCAUUGACACCACCUCUAAGUUUGGCCAUGGCCGCUUUCAGACAGCCCAAGAGAAGAGGGCCUUCAUGGGCCCCCAGAAGAAACAUCUGGAAAAGGAGAAGCCAGAGACCUCGGGAGACUUAUAAGCUGCGUGGGACAGAGGGACCUGAGAUGCACACCCUGCCUCUCCUGUCCAAUAAAGACCGGGGACAACUCUUCCCAGUGUCUCAGAGAGUUGAGGGCGCGGAAAGGCCGUAAGGGCCGGUCGGUGGU